UGGGUGCACACAGGGACAUACCAGUGCCUGUACCGGGUGUCUGAGCCAGCAGAGACAUCAGAGAGGAGUGACCCCGUGGAGCUGGUGCUGACAGAUCACUGCUUCCCGCCACCUGGCAUUUCCAUGAGCCCCAAGGAACGUGUGGGCAUGGGGACCAACAUCACCAUCCGAUGCAGCAACAUGUACCAAGGGGCCACCUUCCUGCACAAGGACGGGCACUCAGUCCCUAUCCAGCAGCAGGACCCUGAUGGUGGGGGCACGGCCACCUUCACCCUCGUUGGGGUGACUCCAGCUGACAACGGCACCUAUAGGUGCUCCUACCACCCCAAGGGCUUCCCCUUUCUGUCCUCUCCCCUUGGGGACAGCGUGGCACUGGAGGUGACACCCACACCUCCAAUGGCAGAGUCCCAUGGGAACCUGUUGGUGGCAGUGCUGAGGGUCUGUGCUGCUGCCCUCAUCUUCUGCCUUGGCGUCUUCUUUGUCCUCAAUGCCCGUAACCUCUGGAUACGGAGAGAUGGGAGCCCUGCUGGGGAAAAGGUUAAAUAGAUUUCAUCUCUGAUUCGGAUUCCAUAUGUUUUCUACCUGUGCUUUGCUCCCGUAUACACACCCUCAACUCUCCUCCUCCUCCUCUUCUAACCUCUAUAAACCCCCAUUGCUCUCCCCUGCUGUCAGUUCCAUCUCCUAUUCAUCCCCACUCCACCUACCUCAGGACAUCCCAGUAACUCCCACCCAGCUCCACUCUCCAUUUGGAUGCAGAUGCCCACUCCCAAAUGCCUGAGGCCAUGCAGUUCCAGGUCAGUGUCUGGGUCGAGGGACCCUCCAUCCCAACAUGCCCCCUCAGAUCCCAUACCAGAACCUUAAUACCUGCCGAUGUGGACCCUAACGGACCCUCAGUUCAUAUGGUUACCCUAUUAAGUGCACCUCCCAAUAAGAACUGAGAUUUAUGGAACCCAAAAUCUACCACAAAUGCUAAUAUUCACUCCAAUGGUCCCAAAGAGACAUCAAACCUUGCAGUGGGACUCCAAAACUACACCUGUAGAGAACCCCAAUUUCUGAUCCAUGAGAAACCAAAUCUGUGCUACCCAAAGACCUCCAAAUCCUGCACCCUGAACACCUCCAAACAGAUUAAAGGGACUGCCAAAAAACCACCCUUGGGGAUCCCCAUUUGAUGAAUCCAAAAUACACAUACACCAACCCCCCCGGAACUCAUCUUUUAGGACACCCACCCAAACUUUAUACACCUUGUGUGUCUCCCUCUCAACCAGAUUGAGGACCCCCAUGG